CUGACUAGUCAGCGAAAAGAACCGACGAGAACGGCAUGCACUUCAAUCCUCUCUGGCUCUACAUUGUAGCUGCUCAUGCUUGGCUGAGGUGAAGGAAGACAAAUAUUAUAUCCCAGCAUUCAAAUAGCCUGCUUCACUAUCGCGUCCUGGACCGAGCAAUCCACAACACCUCUUGAACGGCAGUCAGUAGAGGUAGUUUUGAACCCACCAUGAGGUACUUUGCACUCCUGUCCCUUUUCUCCCUAGCUGCAUUGGUAGCAGGGUCUCCAGUUGAACCUGAUGCGGAGGGCAAACACUGGGCCGUGCUGGUUGCUGGCUCGGCAGGUUACUACAACUACAGACACCAGGCCGAUGUGUGCCACGCAUAUCAGAUCCUUCACAAGCAUGGCAUCCCGGACGAGCGCAUCAUCGUCUUCAUGAUGGACGACAUCGCGGAGAGCAACGAGAACCCCACCAAGGGCAUCCUCAUCAACAAGCUGAACGGCACGGAUGUAUAUCACGGCGUUGUGAAGGACUACACCGGUGAGCAGGUCACGCCAGAGAACUUCCUCAAUGUCAUCACCGGCAACAAGGAGGCAAUGGCUGGCAAGGGCUCUGGAAAGGUCCUGGAAAGCGGUCCCAAUGACCAUGUGUUCAUCAACUUUGUAGAUCAUGGUGCACCAGGCUUUGUCGCCUUUCCUCGUGGCACUCUUAGUGCCAAGGAGCUGAACAGCGCUCUUGAGAAAAUGCACACAAAGAAGAUGUACAAGCAGCUUGUUUUCUACAUGGAGGCGUGCGAGUCUGGAUCAAUGUUCGAAGGCGACCUUCUGCCUAAGAACAGGGACAUCUUUGCCACCACGGCCGCCAAUGCACACGAGUCGUCAUACGCUUGCUACUACGACAAGCUGCGCCGCACCUUCCUGGGCGAUGUCUACAGCGUCAAGUGGAUGGAGGACACUGAUAAGGUUGGAACGACUGAAGACCUCCAGACACAAUUCUUGUCAGUGAAGGAGGAGACCAAGAGCAGCCAUGUCAUGGAGUUUGGAGACAUGAAAUUCAACACGGAGCAGAUUCAGGAGUUCUUGGGCGGUGUUCAGGGCAGUGCCAUUGACAAGCAACUGAGGCGUAUCACUGCACCGGCUGCCAUCAAGGACUACUGUGCCGACAAGGUGGCCUCGCCCAAUGUUCCCCUGGCCAUCCUCUAUAACCGCUUGAUGGACGCCACCACUGAGCAGGAGAAGACCGAGCUGCGCAUCGCACUCUCGGACGAGCUUAGUCUUCGCAAUCAAAUCGCCGAUGUCACAGCGAAGAUCGUCGAGGGGGCCAACAACUCUGACCAGGACAUGACCAGCGAGAUCUUAAGCACUAAGACGCAGCCACGUGACUUUGACUGCGCCGAGGCUGCUGUGCAUGCCUAUAGCAGCAGCUGCUUUGAUGUCUCACAGGUUGACUUUGCGUUCCGUCAGGUCUAUGCCCUCGUCAACAUGUGCGAGAAUGAGAACUUCUCCAAGACCUCAAUCCUCUCCGCUAUUGGCAGCGUUUGCAAAUCAUGAGAAGCCGGUGGCUAUGGUCAAUUAAAUUAACUUGGCGCCUUUUCCAAGAUCAGUUUUUUGAGCUUACUCGUUCGCACGGAUACAGAAGUCUGCCUUAUUGGCUCUCACACGGAGCAAAGGAUAAUUUAUCCUUUUUUUCAAUUCUUUCACACACACUCCACUUGUAUUCAGUAACCUGUCACAAUAUUGGCCACGGCUGGGUGUGAUGCGCACCGGCGGCCAAUCUGUGACAAGUUGCCCACUGCCAUGACUUUGUAAUGUUCAGUGGUCUGUCCUGCUUGUCUAUUUCAUGAUUCCUGCUCAACUUCCUCCACCUUUUAUUAUCUACACAUUGAUUGUAUUACAUGUAUACAUUUUUAAUAUUGUGUUCAUAAAAACAACAACAUUGCGUCAUUGGUCAAGGUCAAACUACGCCCUUUCUAAGCUCA